UAAAUGUGACUAAUUGUUGUGUGUAGGGGCAUUUGAUAGUGAAGAGGCUGCAGGAAGAACGUAUGAUCUUGCUGCUCUCAAGUAUUGGGGUCCUGAAGCCAACCUUAAUUUCCCGGUGGAAACGUACAUGAACGAGCUUGAGGACAUGCAGAGGUUGUCGAAAGAGGAAUUCCUGGCUUUGUUAAGGCGGCAUAGCAGUGGAUUCUCCAGAGGUGUUUCUAAGUACCGAGGCGUUGCGAGGCACCACCAAAAUGGUAGAUGGGAAGCAAGGAUAGGACUUGUAACUGGGAGCAAGUAUCUCUACUUGGGAACAUUUGGGACCGAAGAGGAAGCAGCAGCGGCAUACGAUAUGGCAGCACUGGAGUUGAAAGGCCCUAACGCAAUAACCAAUUUUCAGAUCAAGGCUUACGAACACAAGCUAAAGGAGAUUGGGGAGCGGAGUAGUAGUUCCCAAACCAAUCCUCCUCCUCCUCCUCUUAAUGAUCAUCAAGAUAAUAGCAAAAUUAGAAUUGAAGGUGAUAAUGUACAAGUAGAACGGCUAUUCACCGAGGAAGAGGCUCAUCCCGAGGCCGAGUCAUUCUUAUUAGAGGCAGCAGAUGUUGACAGUCUGGCAGCAGGAAAAGAGUGGUGCUGCCCUUGGAGUUUAUGCUUGGAUGAGGAGCCUCCCAUGUCUCUUCACCAUCAGGUCAAGCCUCUCCACUUUGAAUUCUUGAACGACUCCAGCUUCGAGGAUGAAAUCGAUUUUGUCUUUGGGAAACGGGUAAGGGCUGCGGCUGCUGAUCAGUUUGGGAAUGAUGAUGAUGAUGUUUUGGGCAGUGGCAGCGGUACACAGCAGCAGUAGCUAGUACUUCUAUAUAUAUGGCCAUGGAUGCUGCUGCUGCUGCUGAAUCCGUGACGUCUUCACUCUUCUUCGUCGGUUCCAAUAACAUCACUGUCUUCUUCUUAUUGUCCAGGGUGGGGUUAUUUGGACCAAUCGCCAUGCUAAUUAGUAGCAGGCGGCGGCAGCAGCAGUGGUGGUGUUGUGGUUGUUCACCCUUUAUGUUCUACUACUGGGACUAUAUUUUAACUCCGCGUCUUUCACUCACAUUCUAUUCACCAUUUCUUUGCUGCUCUUUCAUCAUUAAUU